ACCCACGAGUUCUGUCAUAUGACUUUGGCCCAAAACACCGUCAACAAAUAAUUCAGGGUAUUUUUUCUCCUCGAAAAUAUCGUGUAGGUUUAUUUUGUAUAUAAGGUUAAUGCAGUAUUCGUUGCAGCAAUGCUUUCGCGGCUGUUAAAGGAACAUCAAGCUAAACAAAACGAAAGGAAAGAGCUUCAAGAGCGACGACGACGUGAAGCCAUUGCAGCUGCCACCUGUUUAACAGAGGCUUUAGUGGACCACCUGAAUGUGGGAGUGGCUCAGGCGUAUGUUAAUCAGCGCAAACUGGACCAUGAGGUGAAGACGCUGCAGGUGCAAGCAGCUCAGUUUGCUAAACAGACAUCACAGUGGAUCAGCAUGGUGGAAAACUUCAACCAGGCAUUAAAGGAAAUUGGUGAUGUGGAGAACUGGGCACGCAGCAUUGAGAUGGACAUGAGGACUAUCGCCACAGCUCUGGAGUACGUACACAAAGGCCAGAUCCAGACAGCAACAUCGUAGGAUGGCCAUGCAGAGGGACAGCAGAACAGGGUCAACACAUUUCACUUUAGGAUUCUGUAGUAAUGUAGAUCGUGGAUUACUGCGACGUUGAUGGAAGAAUGGACUUGCGUUUGAUGACUGCGCGACUUUCAGCUUAAACCUAGACAUGUUUGUUGAGACGAUGUUGCUAACUGAUGAUGUGUUUUGUCUGGAAAUGUUUUUUUUUAACCCAAACAACUCGUACCAAGACUAUACAAUAGCUCCUGUGUUUUUAUAACACUGAGUUACAUUAAAAAAAAAAGUUUGCAUUACAAAAGAUAA